AUGUCUUUCGGCAGCAUGUCAUAUGCCUCGACUUCUAAUAAGCCAGGCGAAAAGAAGCUCCGCACAAGGAUGAGAGUGGGUUUUGAGGUUGAUGUGGCGGCAGGAACGAUUCGCCAAUAUCUACACGGCGAAUUGCGUCUGCAAGGGUAUGGAGCGGGGUGCUAUGAAUCGGUUCUACAGUUUGGCGAUAUUGAAAAGAUUGGGGCUCUGUGCUUCUAUCCACAGGAAAUUAACAUCAGGGCUAUGGAGAAAGAAUUAAUGCGACACUUUGACUGGAAGACGGUUAUCGGCCUGCAGUACGAAUGGGUAAACAUCCCCUACAGCGGCCGCAGCAAGUGGAAUGAACGAUCGCCCGGAUGCAUGAUGUGGCACGUUUACGUCAGAUCGAGGGACGCUAAGCGAGCGGAUCGAGAACUACGAUUAUGGCUGCACCCGUCUACUCCUAAGAAAGAUUUCCCAUGGUGCACGGUCACACAUUACAUUAGCGAUUGGAAGGCUGCUCAGAACGGGACAAUCAGCGUUAAGGCCGUGGGUCCGGUUAAGGACGAGAAUCUCACUAUGAUCUCGAAGCAUAACGACUUCAUGGAACUGACAAAGGCCAAAUAUUGUCCAGUUGAGAUUCCAGGGAUGCUGAAACAGGCAACUACCAAAGCCUUUGGUCCUCGCACUUGUUUGUCUAUGUUUCUUUCCAUCAAAGCCCGACCUGUUCGUGCGGAGAAGGUGGCAGCUGCGGAUGUGAACUCGGAUUCCGAUUCUGAUGACUCCUUGCUGGAGGACAUCUCCCAUAAGUUCACCAAAGUGACUGUCAAAGGGAAGACAAAGAUCAAGAAGCAACCUCCAAAGUCUGCCGUGGCACCGACUCUGGAGCAUGACAUAAAACUCAGAAAUCAAAAAUCAAAAACAAAAAGGUAG